UUUAUAACAACAGGUGCGUAUCCAAAAAGUAUGGAACACCUUGACUCCUUCGUAAAGGCACGAAAUUUUUAUGACAAAACAUGGUCACCCGAAAGAAGAAAAGUUCUUAAAGAAUUGGAAAUAAUCAGGGAUGAAAUUCAACGACAAGCAAAGAUUCACUCCAUUGGAUCCAUCACCUACUCCAGUGUUGGGCUUGUUGGGGGAGGAUUAGCCAUUGCAGGAAUAAUCACAGCUCCAUUUACAUUCGGGGCUUCCCUUGGAUUAACCGUGGCUGGUAUUGCAACGGGUGUGACGUCCGGCGUCGCGGGCGUUACUCAUGGAGCAGUUAAAUUCGGAAUAGUUAAAAAACAAUGUAAUAAUGCCAAAAUGAAUUUAGAGAACCAUGAUAAGCAUUGUAAAGAGAUGAAGAGUUUGUUAGAACUGCUAAAACAGGACAUUGAAACGAUAGAGGCGAGUAUCAAGGAUUACAAUGAAUUGAAAACUUCUUAUUUUGGCGAAGGUCUGAAACAAGUCGGAGGUGUCACGGGAGUUGCUAAAGGCGUUGUAAAUUUGGUGAAUAACUCAAAAGCAGUCGAUGUAUACAGAAUUACAGGAAACGUUGAUGAAGUUGCCAGGGUGUUGAGCAUUGGAACAGCAUUAGACGACAUAGUUCCAUCGGCACUCAAAGAUGUCUCAAAAGGGGUUACCAAAUUAUCUACAGAGGCUUUGAGCGUUCUAGCAGCUCUUGGAAUCGUAAUAGAUCUGGGGUCCUUGAUAUGGAACGCAGUCGACUUGUCCAAAAUCAAUAAAGGGCAACUGUGCUCCGAGGCAAAGAAAUUACAGAAGGUUAUUGAACAAAUGCAACACGAGUAUGAUGUAUUAACAAAAUGCUUCUCAUAACCAAAAAUUGCAAAAAAGGUGUAAUGGGAAAAGUUUCUUAGACCAAAUUAAAGCGAAUAUAAUGUAUUGAACAUAUAAAUGUUUUGAACAUAAUAGCAUUAAUUAAUAGAAAGUGGCCAAGGGAAAGGCAAAACAAGUGACUGACCGAUAACUGUUUAUGCGCUUUCUCAUUUUGUUAUUAUUUUUUUGAACUCACAACAUCCCUUUAAAAGUGAUCUCAUAUUUACAGAAUUUAAUUGACAUCAAAUGUAUUUGAAACUUUUAAAAGUAUUCGCAGUAUACAUCCUGAGGGAUUUCAUAUAAUUAUCUUGGCCAUAAUUUCAUAUAAUUAUCUUGGCCAUAAUUUCAUUUCUCUGUGAAAGAUUCAUUGCAACUACACAUAAUAUAUA